AUGGGCACCGGGAUUCCGCAAGAGGCCAUAGGUGCUUCUGCUGCCGUCCUGACAUACUCAUCUAUAUGCCUCAUUUUGGUCACCUUACUCAUUUGUAUGCUAUGGACCUAUGGUGAAAGAUGGACCUAUGUGACAUUCCUCGCAAAGUUCUCUGCUUUAAGCACACUCGGAUCUAUCGCACAGCAAAUACAUUAUAAUCUCUCUUGGCUCCUUGUUAAGCAUGACGCUUAUGCGACGGCUUUAAAAGCUGUAGAAACACCAGCUUUAGGGCUUUCAGGUGUGGGAAAUAAUGUGGAUCUUGUACUAUUUACAAUUCAAUUCUAUUGUUAUAAUGUUAUGGCUUUAAUGGUGUUAUUUUGGGCUGUCAAACUUUUCUGUGGUUCCUGGGAAAUACGUGCGAACUUCCUUGGUAGCUGGCUGCGAGAACAUAUAUCUUUCAUGUCCAAGAUAUUUGCAAUUAUUGUGCCCGGGAUUUUGGUCGGCGUAGGUCAUGCUCCGGCUGUGCUAAGGAGCCUGGCGGCGACUUUUAUUCUAAUGAACUUCACAAUGCUCAUAAGCUUGUCAACCGGCAGUAUCCUCAUGGUACUUAUUCUUUAUAAAUAUAUCAAAACACGGCGACUUCUGUUUGCACACGAAAAGCGUAAUGGGUGGUGGGCUUCAAGUGGUACAGCGACGGCGACUGACACGAUGGGUACCGGCACUGGAACUGGAACUGGAACUGGAACUGGCCAAUCUAAUGCCAAUAAUCGCAAAUUAGCUCGUCGCUCUGUAUACGAUCGCGCACUUAUUACUCGGUUUACGAUUGGAUUUGUUAUUAUCCUGGCUUUCGAAGUUGUAUUAAUCAUUUUUUCUCUAUUCAACGAACAAAACUUUCAAAAACUUGCGAAAUCGUCAUCGCCCGACUUCUCGGUAUCUAGCUGUAUUACAGAUAUUAUUCUCUUCAUCCCCGGAGUCACAGCGUCACUCUUAGUAUUUCUCGUUUUCGGAACCGCCAAAUCUUUCACGCAAUAUAAAGAUUUAGUCCUUAGUUGCUGUGGCCAGCGUACGAAAUUUCCUAAAAGCAAAAGAAGAGGUGUUAUGGGAUCUGGAGAUGAGGAACAGGGUACCGAAUUUCAAAGAUUACCUAGCAUGGGAACAAAGAUCGUCACGCCUGAAGAACGAGCUGUGUUGGAAGCAAAAAUGCGAGGCAUGUUACCUGACCAACGAAUAUCCACCGGGACACAAUUUACAGAAUAUACGACACAAACGGGGCAAAAGGGAUCAGGAUCAUCAGUAUACACUCAUACACGAACUUUAAGUCCAAUAACAGCCAACUUCAAUUUCAGUCUUCCAGCUUCAGCCAGGAACGCAUCUCGACCCGCCAUACACAAAGACGAACGUGAUGCAGGAGAAGCGUGGGCUAGACAAAAUGAUUUGGAAGUUGGGCUGGCAUUGGAGCAAGAGUGGAGUGAUAACAGCUAUGGAGGGGGACGAGAUUCGACAGGAAACACAACUGUGGGAAAUACGACAAUUUUGGAUGAUGUCGACCCAUUGUCUCAUCGGGAUUUUAUUCUGGAUGAUAGUGAUGAGCAUGAGGGAUGGACGAGAUGA